CAAGAAAGGCAUCUAGGAACAAAUGCUAACUUAGAUUUAAUAAUGGCAACACUGGAGAUACUCCUUUCACAGAUCCCCAGCACAGGCACAUUGCUGACUGCUGUUCUACUUCUUCUGGUUCUUUACUUCAUCUCCUCUGGCUCCAACACCCAGGAAAAAGGAAAGCAACCUCCCGGACCAAAGCCACUGCCUGUCUUGGGAAACCUCUUACAGCUGGACCUCAAGAGACCCGACGAAAGCCUUCAUGAGCUGUCCAAAAAAUAUGGGUCAGUGUUUACAGUGUACUUGGGCCCCAGGAAAGUUGUAGUUUUGGCUGGAUACAAGACUGUUAAGGAGGCUCUUGUGGAACAUGCAGAGGAAUUUGGGAACAGAGAUAUUCCUCCUGCAGUAGCUGAGUUUAAUAAAGGACAUGGAAUUAUCUUCAGUAAUGGAGAGGUUUGGAGAGAAUUGAGGCGCUUUGCUCUUUCUACUCUAAGAGACUUUGGGAUGGGCAAGAGAGGGAGUGAGGACAAAAUCAUUGAGGAGAUCCAGUACCUCAAAGAAGUUUUUAAGGCAUUCAAUGGGAAACCAUUUGACACCACCCAACCUGUAAAUUACGCUGUAUCCAAUAUCAUCUCCUCUAUUGUGUAUGGCAACAGAUUUGACUACAGUGAUCCUCAGUUUAAGGCUAUGGUGAACAGAGCCAACGAGAAUGUCAGGAUUAGUGGCUCUGUCUCUAUGCAGCUAUUUAACAUGUUCCCCUGGAUCGGUCCCUUCAUUAUGAACUGGUGGAAGAUAUGGAAGCAUGUUAAGGCCAACAGAAAGCAGAUAACAGAACUCAUAAAUGGUCUAAAGAACACAUUGAACCUUGAGGAACGUAGAUGCUUCGUUGACUGCUUCCUCAUCCGUCAGCAGAGUGAAGAAGAAUCAGGUAAGAAAGAUUCGUUCUUUCAUGAAGACAACCUUCUCAACACUGUGGUCAAUCUGUUUGUUGCUGGGACGGACACUACAGCCACAACACUGCGCUGGGGCCUCAAACUUAUGGCCAAGUACCCACAUAUACAAGACCGGGUCCAGGAGGAGAUUGACAGGGUGAUUGGCAGUCGGCAGCCAGUGGCAGAGGACAGGAAGAACUUACCUUAUACAGAUGCAGUGAUCCAUGAAAUUCAGAGACUGGCCAAUAUUGUACCCAUGAGUCUCCCUCACACCACAAGUUGUGAUGUUCAUUUCAAGGGUUUUUUCAUUGAGCAGGGAACUGUUGUGUUUCCUCUGCUGACAUCUGUGUUAAGGGAUGAGAGUGAAUGGGAGAGCCCUUACACCUUUAACCCAGCACAUUUCCUCGAUGAGCAGGGUCGGUUUCGUAAGAGAGAUGCCUUCAUGCCCUUCUCUGCAGGGCGUAGGAUAUGUCUGGGGGAGAGUCUUGCCAGAAUGGAGCUCUUCCUCUUCUUCACCUCUCUCCUGCAGCAUUUCCGCUUCACUCCUCCUCCAGGGGUGUCUGAGGAAGAACUGGACCUGACAUCAGUUUUAGGGAUCACAUUAAAUCCUUCCCCCCACCAGCUGUGUGCAGUGGCCCGGUCCUGAUCACCACAUUUUUUAUUACAAUCAUAGCAAAGAGGACAAACCGUUUCACUGUGUAGGAAGG